UUCCCAUUGUCAUUAUGAAAGCAUAGCCGGUGUUUAAUGAAAAUAAAUACAAAAACUGCUUUUUACGUAUUACGUUUUGUAUUUGAAGGGGACACUGUGAUAAUUAAGUACUAAGACAUAAGUAUCAUUGACGAGAAUGUCGGGAACUAUAAAACACUUAGAAGAACGCCAGCUUCCCAACGAGGUUGUACUUAUGAGAUGGUCUUUGAACAUGGAUCUUUUGGCCAUAGCCAAUACCAAAGGAGAAUUGGCACUGCAUCGAUUAAACUGGCAGAGAGUGUGGCUUUUGAGCCCACCAGAAGAAGGAGACAGUAUAACAAACGUUGCCUGGAGGCCAGACAGCAAACUCAUAGCGGUCAUUUACGGGAACUCAAAAUUCUUGUGCCUAGUGGAUAUUGAGAACAAACACAUCGUCCACAAGACUAAGAUAAAAUCCGAGGAGCACUGCACUUGCAUUGCCUGGCUGUCUCUCACACCAUCAGCUUGUACCAGCUGUGGUGACAGUGAAAAGAAAAAUCUCUCUUGUACUGGUCCUUACCUGCCACCCCUACCGACUUUGAGUAGAAGCUUUGGUGGCCAGGAGUUGGAGAGAAAGGAGUAUUUGUCCCAGACUUUGGAUAUGCUGUUUCUAGGUCAAGAAAAUGGUCAAAUCAUAAUGUACAUAUAUGGAAUGUUUCAAUGUGGCAUAAUAACAAUUGGCAAUGGACCUGUUCUGGAAAUCAGUGGUGGUGCUGGCAAAGCUUUGUGGGCGAGCUGGAAGAGCAGCGAAUGUGUAGUUGUUGUCAGGCUAUCCUGUUCUCUUCUCCAAAAUAAUGAAGCUUUUUUAAAUAUAGCACAGAUUCAAGCCCAUGUGGAAUGUUUGAUGGAUUACUUGUCAAGAACACUAAUGGCUAUUUCUGAAUCAUGGGAGACUAUUCUCCUGGAGAUGGAUGAAAAAUUAGCCAAGUAUGCUGCUGACAAACCACAGGGCACUGUAGCUGCAGAAUUUUUAGAGCUUUUAAUGAUUGGUGUACCUACUCCAGAUUUGGUUAAUUUUCUUUUGAGAGACCUGACUGAAAAAGGCUUGAAAAAACUAGGUCAUAGCAUAGAUAUGUGUUACAGUAAUAUACAGAAAUUAGCCCUAAAACAUUUAAGUAGUGUUGGGAUGGCCUUGAUAUAUCAUUUAGCGGAAAUGAGAGGUAUGGCAAGAUUUGGUGGAGCCUACGAAGCUCUGGGUCUUAAGGAAGAAACUGUAAUCACGAAUGCCAUAAGUACCAUCCAAACUUUCUUGGCAAAAACUUCCGAAAUUCAACAAGUCAUUGAGCACAGCAUGCGUGAUUAUAAAGCUUUUAUUAAGUGGCUCUAUACAAUAAUUUUGAGACUGAACGAUGAAAGAGUUCCAUCUGAAAUGAGUAAAAUUAGCCAGCAAGAUCUUACCAACAUUGCUGAAUUUUUGCGCGGUUUUGAUAAGAUAGAAGAGAGAGCAAGUUCACGUAAGACAGUAAAUGUUGAAAAACUUGGACAAUAUUUGAGAGAAGAGCCUUUGCAAACUUGCUUUUAUCCAGAAGGAAGUGAAUGGGCUGCUAUGCUGGUCGAGAAUACGUGUUUGAAAAAUCAUCCUCUUAUUAUUACUCAAGAUUUUGAUUCCUCUCUACUUCAAGCGCACACUAAUCUUAUUAAAGCCGUUAACGAAGUAUUUGUUUAUGCAUACCACGACUUGACUCACCAUUUUAAACAAAAAGUCAUGCAGCUCAGUUCUGUGACAAAUACUUUGUGUUCACAAAUUGUUACCAAUGACGGGAAUUUGAUGUUUGCCGUUCCUAGUGGAGACUUCAAAAUACUUCAGUUAUUUAAAAUCAAUUUUACAGCUAUGAAUGAUCCAUUAAUUUCUAAAACGAUCAAGAUCGACGUUGGUAACAAACAAGCUCCGUCAACUCCUUCAAAACGAUUAGAAGAACAAAAAGUUUCGGACUUGCAAUUUUAUUCACAAGAUUUCUUAAGCGUACUAGUCUUGAAUGAUGAAAAUAAAAUGUCGUGUUUAAUUCAACUACCCCUGAAUCACGCCAAAUUAAACGAUCCGUUGAACGUAAAGCCAGAACACGUGGUAAAUUUAAAUGAAGUGGCAGAUCCCAGUUUAUCUAAGCCUUUCCUUGACAUUUGUCCGAGAAAACUGGCUGUUAGCGGUCCGCGAAAAGUAGCUGCGAUUCUUAGUGAAAACAAAAGAAAAAUUAGAUUGUUGGAAACUGAAGUCGACCCUGAAGAAGAUGAAGAUGAAGAGGAUACAACUGUAGACGAUAGCAUGAUGGAUGUUACACCAGGUACACCAGGUACAUAGAUUACAUCUUGAAAUUUAAAUCGCAAUUAAA